AAUGCCAGCCUGGCCAGUGAGUCAUGGGGAUGCCUCCAUCACCCAAGCAGGAUGCAGGAUACGGCCCCACACUGAGGGGUCCCUUGGAGCAGCUGGAGGGGCCAUGUGUGUGCCACGGAUGAGCCCCCAUGCAGCCCCCGGCCCAGCAGCCCUGCUGCGGCGCCAGCGGGAGGAGCUGCGACCUCGGCUAUGCCGCAUGAAGAAGGGCCCCAACGGUUACGGCUUCAACCUGCACAGCGACAAGAGCCGCCCGGGGCAGUACGUGCGCGCCGUUGACCCCGACUCGCCAGCUGAGGCGGCAGGGCUGGCUCCCCAGGACCGCAUCAUCGAGGUGAACGGGGUGUGCAUGGAGGGCAAGCAGCACGCCGACGUGGUGGCAGCCAUCAAGGCAGGCGGUGACGAGACCAGGCUGCUGGUGGUGGACAUCCUCACGGAUGAGUUCUUCAAGAAAUGCAGGGUGGUGCCCUCCGAGGAGCACCUGGCAGGUCCCUUGCCAGAACCGGUUGCCAAUGGUGAUAUAGGGAAGGAAAACGGCGGAGAGCUGCGGUCCAGCUCGGUGUCCGAGAGCCCGUCCAGCCCUGGGCUGCUGGCUGUGUCCCCCGACUCCGGCGAGACCCACAGCGAGGUUGACACACAGGAGGGUGACAAGCGCCAUUCGGCACCUGGCUCCCUCCUGGACCUCGACAUCCCGCUGGCGGUGGCCAAGGAGCGGGCGCACCAGAAGCGCACCAGCAAGCGGGCACCCCAGAUGGACUGGAGCAAGAAAAACGAACUGUUCAGCAACCUGUGAAGGCGCCGGGGUGGGGGUGAGGGUCUGCUGGCCCCCCCCAGCCUCACACCCACCUCUCCUGCAUCCUCCUCCUCCCCACCAUGGGCUCCCAGCAGGGAUGCGGGGCUGCUCCCCACCACCCUGACCUGAGCGAUGGGGCUGGGUGGCCAGCAAGCAUCCCUGCAGCAGGGUCCUGGCCCUGAGAGAGCAGGC